AUGCAGAGCAUUGCCCUUUUCCUCACCUACCUCGCUGCCGCCGGCGUCAGCGCGGCCGAGACCUCCACCGCGACCUCCGCCGCCGCGGCCGCCGCCGCCCCCUCCGAGGCGCCGCCCGGCCCGGAGUCGCGCUGCGUCGACACCUACACGCUCUACAAGGGCAACGGCUCCGCCUCCGCCGGCUGGCCGCCCGUCGCCUCCUGGUCCACCUACGAGCAGCUGUGGAAGGCCAACCUGCCCUUCCUCUCCAUCUCGUGCGUCCGCAACGGCUGGGGCGCCUCCAACUCGCCCGCCGAGACCGCCGACCUCAAGGCCGCCAUCGACGCCAUGGCCGUCGAGACCGGCGUGGACCGCCGCUUCAUCCUGGCCACGGUCAUGCAGGAGUCGUCGGGCUGCGUGCGCGCGCCGACCACGUCCAACGCGGUGCAGAACCCGGGGCUGAUGCAGACGCACAACGGCAACGGCACGUGCGCGACGGCGGACCCGUGUCCGAAGGAGGAGAUUGACCUGAUGAUCAGGGAUGGCGCGGCGGGCACGGCGGACGGGGAUGGGCUGAAGCAGGUGCUGGUGAAGGCGAGGAACAUGACGGGCGGGGCGAAGGCGCCGCAGGAGAGGGUGUUUUACACGGCGUCGAGGCUGUACAACUCGGGAUCGGCGAACCUGACGGCACUGGGAGACCCGAUCACGGCGACGGCGUGCUAUGCGAGUGAUAUCGCGAACAGGCUGACGGGGUGGGUGUUUGCGCCGUCGGAGUGCAGACGCCCGGACGCGUCGGCGGUUUAA